GUCAAAGGCCUCGCCCGACUCAAGAACAAACCGGCCAAAGAUCCGAAGGGGCCGGACGCUGGCGGCCAAAAGCCCGUCGGUGCGCCUCCCAAGAAGCCCGAGGGCGAUGCUGCUGCGGCAAAGAGGAAGCCGUCGGCAAAGGAGCCCCCCCAGGCCCCCAAAAAGUUGAAGAAGGGGGACUCCGCGAAGGAUGACCCCCCGGUGGUGAUUGUAGAUGACCCUCCGGAGAUGCCGAUGGCGCAGGUGCCGAGGGGUGCCCGGGAGCCAUCUGUCGAGGUCCUCACGCUCUCCCUUCCGGCUGGCACGGCCGUGUUGAAUGGCACGGCUGACCCGAGGGCGCUCCUGAGAGGUAUAACCCUCGAUAUCGACAGGGCAGCUCUCGGGGCCGAUGAUGAUCAAGCCCUCGAAGACAGGAUCCUCCGGUCUUCCCUCACGACUUGCGUUGCCCUCGGAGAGCAGUUCCGACGGCUGGAGGAAUGGCGCCUCCACAAAGCUGGGCAAGACGCCAAGAUGAAGGAGCUGAUCCUCAGGGACUCCCAGGCCACGAAGCUGAUGGCCCAGCUUGAAGAGGACCUCCAGCUUGCGAGGGCGGAGGCCGGGAGGCUCAGGGAGGAGAAGGCGGAAGCUGAGGCGGCCGCUGCGGAGGCCGCAAGGAGAGCAGCCGAGGAGGCUGAGGCCAUCAAGGCGAAGGCUGUCGCCACAGCCCGGGAGGAGGCCAUCUCCGGGUUCCUGGAAGGGGGGUGGAAGACCGAGGGGCACAAGGCAUGGCUGUCCUCGGUUGUGGAGGCCUCGGUUGAUG